UGGAGGGUUGGACGCGUCCCUUUAAACAAAUCAGUAUGUGUGAUUGGACAUUUGGUUUCUACCUCAGCCAGCAAGAAAGCAAUGGCGCAACAUAUUGGGUUCCAACUUCACCCUCACCCAUCAGCAACAUUCUUCUUGACAACUACAACUCGACUAAACGAGUCUACUACUUUCUCUCCAUGCUCCUCCACCUUCCCUUCCCUUUCAUCUCCGUCGUCCAUUUCCAUCUUGCGUUCAUCUCCCUCGUCGAUUCCGUUGAGGCACGACCACGAUGAUUCUGUUUCGUCUCUUCAUCUUCAACCAAUCUGCAGUGAGGACCACUUUGAUCGCGUCGUUGCUGAGGCUCAACGGCAACAGCACGCUCUCCUUGUUGUUUGGAUGGCAAGUUGGUGCAGAAAAUGUAUAUACCUAAAACCGAAAUUGGAAAAGUUGGCAGUAGAUUAUUAUCCAAGAUUGCAAUUCUACAGCGUGGAUGUUAAUGCAGUUUCACACAAACUAGUUGCUCGUGCUGGUGUGACUGAUUGUUUUGCCGGAGGGUAUUACAAACUUUGGAAUGAUUGCCUGGUUUUAUUAAGCUCGUCUGAAAAUGCCAACCAUACAACUAUGGAAAGACAGCAAGAAACAAGCUGAAGUCAUUGGUGGGAAUAAAGCAUAUUUGCAGGGAACAAUUUGAGCGCUAAUACAUGUCGACGAGGUAACAGUGGUGUGGUAGCCGAAGUCCAUGACGUGAUCUGUUUGAUUUGGACAACAGUGGUGUGCCGGAGGAGUAAAUUGAAAUGUUAUGUGUUGUAUUUCUCUUUGUUUAGAUCCAUGAAAGGUAAACAAUCUAGAACUGAUGUGGUUGCUUAAAGGGGAAAGUAUAGAUUGAGUGUAGAUGAUGUAUUAUAACAUUGUGAAGUAUAUAAAUGAAUCUACAUUGUUGAAAUUAUUUAAUUAUAUAUCUACGGUUAAAACAAAUUGGUCCAAAA